AUGGCAAUAUCAAUAUUUAUAUAUUAUGCUUUAUUUGAUAAAUAAGGAAAUCAAAAUUCACUUAAAAAUGGUGAUUAUGUUGAAGGCAAAGACUACCAAGUAAAAAUAAAUAGCUAAGGUGAAAAGUAAUAUUACAUUUCUAAACAACUGAAAUAAAAAGCGCAUUAACAUUAUGGUAUUCACAAUAAACCAAUAAAAAAAGAAAUAGAUUAAGCAUGGGUAGGAAAAAAGUAAAUAGCGAAAUAAAUAGCAGAAUAUUUUUAAGAAUUUAAUACGAAACCAAUGAAUUUAUAAAUUCAUUAUGAGAAUAGAUAAUAAUUUAAUAAAUUUCAUAUGUCAUUAAUAAAUAAUGAUAAAUAUUGUAUAAAUAGCGAUUAAUAUCAUAUUCUUCAUCCUGAAUCAAUUUUUGAAAAUUAUUAUAUAUUAUCAGAUUUUAGAAACACAGAUAUUGCUAGAGAAGUAGUUACAGAUUUUGGAGUUGAUGUGUUACCAAAAAUAGGAGCUUCAAUGAGUUAUUAAUAAGAAAAUAGUCGUACAUAAUAGAUUCCUUUAGAAACUACUUUAAUACAUUCAAGUAUUUCGCGUUUUCAUCAUUUUCAUAAAUUUAAUGCAAACUUGUUUUGUACAUAUUAAUCAUCUAAUCACAUCCCUGGAAAGUGGGCAAUUACAGGAAAAGAUUUAGUGAUUGAUAAUUAUAGAUUAUAUAAAGAAAAGAAGUUUAAAAAUAGAGAAGAGUGUGAUGCUAAAACUACUUUCAUGCCAGAGUCUUAUCGUUUAUAUGAUCCAUAAGAAUGCAAAUAAUUCUUUGAUUAUAUUUAAAGUGAUGAAUAUAAGAAGCUAAUAGAAAAAUAAGGAAUAGCCUUUAUAAUAAAGCAAGGAAGAGAUAUUCAUAGAGGUGAAGGGAUAACAUUAUUAACUCCAAAUGAGCACAAAAACUUUUUAUAAAUGUAUAAUAAUGGUAAAAAAUGUAAAGAUAUAAAAAACGAUAAUGAUACAGAUGUAUAUUAAGUAUAAAGAUAUAUUAAUAAUCCUCUUUUAUUAGACGGACAUAAACUAGAAGCAAGAAUAUAUUUUUUUAUAGCAAGUACAGAUCCUUUAAUUAUAUAUUGUGAAAAAUUAGCCUUAUUAAAGAAAUGUGCACUUCCUUAUGAUAAGUUUAAUUUUAAAUAAGAAACUCAUGUGUGUAAUACUUCUUUGUCAAAAAAAAUAAGUGACGAUUUUGUAGUUGAAUUUGCUUUGGAAGGUUUAUAGGACUAUCUUUUAGAACACAAAAUAAUAAAAGAUAAAAAUUGGCUUGAAAAUAAUAUCUAUCCAUAAAUCUAUUAAGCUAUUAUUCAUUUAGUAAAAAGUGGUGAACAUGAUUUAUUUAAAGACUCAAGAGUAAAUGAAAACUUUGCUGUUGAUUUUUUAAUUGAUGAUGAUUCUAGAGUCUGGUUUUUAGAAAAUAAUCCAAACCCAUAAUUACUUAGAAGUUCUACUAAAAGAUCCAUGAGGCAUUUCAAAAUGUUUGGUGAUUUAUUUAAUAUUUAGUAUUCCUAUUUAAGAUCUAGAGCUAAAAGACUUAAUUAAUUAGCCCUUAAAAUGAAAGAUGCUAUUGAAAAUAAUUCGUUUAAUAAAGAAGAAUUCAAAAGCUAAUUUUAGAAGGCCAAUAGAAAUUUCUUUGAACCGGAAUUCUAAAUUCUUGAAAAUAGUAGUUAUGUCAAAAUAUACGAUGAUAAUCUGAUUGGUAAAGAUAAAUUCAUGGGAUAUUUACCUGAAGGAUGCCUUUAUGAUGACAAAAACAAAUUGUUUUUAAUAAUCCUAAUUAUAUUUCAAAAAGAUACAUAUUAAUAUAAAACAAUUAAUUAAAUUUCUAGCGUAAAAUUUUAUAUUUUGAAAAAAAAUGAUACAAUAACUAAAUUAACAAAAAUUUGCUUAAAAACCAAUAUUUUUAUAAAAAAAAUUAAGACUUUUUUUUGUUUUAAAAUAAACUAUAAAAAAACAUAAUUCUAUAAAUUUAAAUAAUCAAUCAUUAAAUUAAUAAAAAAGGUAUAAAUCCAUUAGUAUAAUUAAAAAUAAAAAAUAUGACUCUUUUAAAAUUAUUAUGCUUUUCCUUAAUCUUUAUAAUUAUAAUUGAGAAUCACAAAGUAGAGAGCUCAAUAAUAAAGAAUUUAUAAGAAAUACCCAACUAAAAUAAUGAUCAUUUAGAAUCAGAUUAUUAUGAAUAUAUAUGCAAUGAUUCUUUUUAGUUUGGUUAUCUGAACAAAAAUGAGAAAGAUUAUUCAUAAAAAUAAAUACAAGAAUAUAGAUCUAAUUUUGGAGAACCUAUAGGAAAUCAUUUAUUAGAUGGAAAUAUAAGUGCAAUUUUUUAAAAAGGAGCCUUUCCUAUAAUAAUCAUUUUUUU